AUGAAACUGAAUUUUUACUUAUAUUACUCAAGUUUGUCAUUGAGACAUUCAAUAGUGAAUUUGUUUAUCUACACAAAUAUUUUGAGGUCAUUGUGCGUUUAUAUAAGAAAUAAUAACGUUUUACUGUUACAUGUUACCACAACAGAUACAGCCGAUUCCCCUGCAAUGUCACAACCAAAUACUGCAAGUUAUGAAAAUGCCAUCAAAGCAGCAGAGCACAUCAAGAAGCAAAUACGAAUAGUGCCAGAGAUAGGAAUAAUCUGUGGAAGUGGGCUUGGUAAUUUGGCUGAUGGAAUAGAAGAUAAAACUGUCAUUCGAUAUGAAGAUAUACCGAAUUUCCUUCGGACAAGCGUGGUCGGACAUGCGGGCAAUCUAGUUUUCGGUAAACUUGGAAAGCGUAAAGUGGUUGCCAUGCAGGGCAGGUUCCACAUGUAUGAGGGUUACUCUAAAGAACAAAUCGCUCUUCCUAUUCGGGUAUUGAAAUUUUUAGGAGUCAAAGUGCUUAUAGUAAGUAAUGCAUGUGGUGGUCUGAACAGAGGUUUCAAAUGCGGCGAUUUCAUGGUGAUAAAAGACCACAUAAGCCUACCCGGUCUGGCUCUGAAUAAUGUGCUGAUGGGAUCAAAUGAGGAGAAGUUUGGACCCAGAUUCUUAGCAACCUCAAAUGCAUACAGCUCCGAAAUUCGUAAAUUGGCCAUUCAAUUAGCUGAGAAAAUGAAUAUUCGUCAUUUGGUUCAUGAAGGUGUAUAUGCUUUUACUGGUGGCCCAACAUAUGAAUCCCCUGCUGAAUGCAAAAUGUUGCUCGCGAUGGGUGCAGACGUGGCUGGCAUGAGUACAGUACCAGAAGUGUUAAUCGCACGUCACUGUGGAAUGACUGUCUUCGCUGUUUCAUUGGUUACAAAUGUGUGCAUUCUCGAUGUGGAGAGUAAGGCAAUAGCCAAUCAUGAGGAGGUUAUAGCUAUUGCAAAGAAAAGUGCAGACAUUUUACAGUCAUGGAUUAAGGAAAUAAUAAGCAAUGUUUCAAUUGAUAAUUAA